AUGGCAGCAGCUUCGCGUCAUGUCCCUGCGGGGAUGGAAAACUUUGUUGUCGGCUUGAUUGGCAUGGGCGACAUGGGACGAAUGUACGCCGAGAGAUUGUCUGAAGCUGGCUGGAGAAUACUGGCAUGCGACAGAGAAGAUAGAUAUGAUAGCCUGAAAGAAAGAUAUUCCGCCAAUAAAAACAUUGAGAUUUGCCGCAACGGGCAUCUCGUCUCUCGCGCGAGCGACUACAUCAUCUACAACGUCGAGGCGGCCGUAAUCGACAGCGUCAUUGCCAGCUAUGGACCGUCCACCAAGCUGGGCGCCAUUGUCGGCGGGCAGACAUCCUGCAAGUCGCCCGAGAUUGCCGCGUUCGAGAAGCACCUGCCGGCCGACGUGGACAUUGUGUCGUGCCACUCGCUGCACGGCCCCGGCGUGGACCCGACGAACCAGCCGCUGGUGCUGAUCCAGCACCGGGCGCCCGACGCGUCGCUGCGCAAGGUCGAGGCGGUGCUGCGGUGCCUGCAGUCCAAGUUUGUGCACCUCUCAGCGCGCGAGCACGACCGCAUCACCGCCGACACGCAGGCCGUCACGCACGCCGCCUUUCUCUCCAUGGGCAAGGCCUGGCACGCCAACCGCCAGUUUCCGUGGACCAUGAGCCGCUACGUCGGCGGCAUCGAGAAUGUAAAGGUCAAUCUGAUGCUGCGCAUCUACAGCCAGAAAUGGCACGUCUACGCCGGCCUCGCCAUUCUCAACCCCGAGGCCCGCGAGCAGGUCGCCCAGUACGCCCGCAGCGUCACCGACUUGUACAAGCUCAUGCUCGUGGGGGACCUCGACGGCCUGCGCGCGCGGCUCUACGCCGCCCGCGACAAGGUCUUUGGCACGGAUGCCUGGGGCGGCGGCAACGACAACGAUGGCCGGCCGCUCAUUGAGCCGUCGGUGCUGUCGAGCUUCGCGCUUGGCCAGCCCGACGACGACGACCCGGCCACGCACCGUGCCAACAACCACCUGUCGCUGCUCGCCAUGGUGGACUGCUGGGCCGAGCUUGGCAUUGUGCCGUACGACCACAUGCUGUGCAGCACGCCGCUGUUCCGGCUGCGUCUCGGCGUUACCGAGUACCUCUUCCGCACCCCGGCGCUGCUCGACGCCGCCCUCGUCACCGCCGUCGAGGAUCAGACGUACCGCAGCGACGACCUCGAGUUCACCUUUGCGGCGCGGGCGUGGGCCGAAUGCGUCAGUCUGGGUCACUUUGAGACGUGGCGGAAGCGCUUCGAGAGCACGCAGGCGUUCUUCGAGCCACGCUUCGCCGAGGCCAAGAUAGUGGGUGACCAGAUGAUGAAGAAGGUGUUUGAAAGCAGCAAGCCGUGA